AUGGCAGAAACAGCAACAGAGUCAUAUGAGGACCCAUCAGAGGAAAGAGAGGACCUGGGGCCUCUGGAACCAGAGGACAGUGGUACCUUCCAACAAGUCACAAAUCUCCUCAACAUCAUGGAGAGCGAGUCAACCGAAACGGAUGCUGCAGGAGCAGGUUUUGACAUGAGGAAGAGGCUGGCCUCGCUGAUCAUCACAGAGAAGGCUACCACUAAGCCUUCCGUGGUGAUGAAUGCUCUCAUCCGCUGCCUGCAGGUGCCGGAGAUUUCCACUCAGCGCAAAGUCAACAUCUACAACAUCCUCCAGGAGGUCACCCAGCAGGAGGGCGAGCUGGAGGAGCGCUGCGUCCAGAGGCUGGUGGCCAUCGCCUCCAGGGAGAUGACGGGCAUGCUGGAGAUGGAGGGCUACGUGAGGGCAGAGGUGGCCAGCGACACCCUGGUGGCCCUGUCCCGAAACCACUUCAGCUUGGUCAUGUACGAGCUGCAGCACCAUCUCAAACCCCUCAACCUCACGGAAGAAUAUGUCAUCGUCACCCUGGCCAAGCUGGCCAACGGCAACGUGUUUGAGUUCAUGCCAUACAUGGGCAUCACCCUGGCCACCAUGUUCACUAUGCUGAGGCUCGCCAAUGAAGCCAAGAUGCGCCAGGUGAUCUGUGGUGCCAUGGAGACCUUCUGCGAGACGGUGCAGUUUUACCUGAGGCACCUGGAGGACAGCGUGUACCCCGUGAUGACUGAGGACCAGUUUGCACUGAAGCUGUUCCCCAUGUAUCGCUACUUCGUGACGGUGUGGCUGCGGAACAACAACCCGGAGGUGAAGCUGGGGGUCAUCAAGUCCCUGAAGCCCAUGCUGAACCUCCUCCUGCCCAGCGAUGCCCUGCGGGACCAGGUGUACGACUAUAUCCCUCUGCUGCUGGCGGAGUACCAGGGCAGCCUGGAGGCGCUCUUUAUCACACAGGUCUUGAGGCAGAUCCUGGAGAUGUCCGUCAUCAGCAACAGCCCAGUCCCGCAAAUGCAGCUGCACACCAUCUUCUCGGAGCUGCAUGUCCAGGUGUGCUCCAGGGCCCCCGCCCAGCAGCGGUUCAGCAGCGAGAACCUGGCGGAGAUCGUGCACUGCUUCAUAGCCCUUGCCCGCUCCUACCCCAAGGAGCUGAUGCAGUUCUUCCUCAGUCAGAUGGAGAUGAGCAAGGAGGCCGUCCGCGUGGGGACCCUAGCCCUGAUCGGGGCAGUGGUGAGCGCAGAUGAGCCCAGAAUGAGCAUCAGGACCAUCUCCCUGGCCAUCCGAGUGGUCAAGAACACACUCUCCGACACCCGGUCCAAGGUGAGGAUGGCCAUUCUCCGCAUCAUCGGGCAGCUAGCCCUGUCUGGAUUCCAGGACAGGAUCAAAGGCUGGGGCCUGAAGUACGUGUCUGUGCAGCUGACCUUGUCUACCUACAAACUGACCAACCGCAGGGACAGCUUUUAUCAGAGGAGCCUAGAGGAGAAGAUGGUCCACAAGGUCACCAUGGACACCGUGAGGAUCAUAACCUCUUCUGUCAGUGGGAUGAGCAAUGAAUUUUGGGUGAGGCUCCUCUGCUACAUCAUGGAGACGGACUACACAGAGGCCUUGACCCCCAUCUGCGUCAGCCUCACCAACCUGGCCGAGCGCCAGCUGCACGCCAACGACGAGGAGGCCAAUGCAAGCAAGAGCAGGCACGUGGAUCUGCCCGCACCACAGAAGCUGCUGGCUCGACUCCUGGUACUGAUGUCAUCCCCCUAUAAGGGGGAGGGACGCGGAAUCGCCAUGCUCAACCUUCUGAAGACCCUGAGCCAGAGCAUCGCCCCCUCCAUGGCCGACAUGUGGGAGCUGGAGAUCCCGCUGCUGGUCAAGUACCUGGAAGAACACACCGAGUUUACCUGGAACCAGAAGACGUGGGAGGACAGGCUGAUUCAGUUUCUGAGAAACUCCCUCAAGAUGACUCGGGGUUCCAGCUGGAGCCUGCGUCUGAGCAAAGAGCUGAACAACCAGAUCGAGAGCUUCGACAGCCCCUCCCUGGAGAAGGGCUUUCUGUACCGGGCCUUGGGCUUCACCCUGGCCACGGGCCUGGAGGCCGACAAGGUGGAGGUGGUGCUGCUGGAGCUGCUCUACAAGACCGACUACAGCGACGACUUCGACCGGGAGGGUGUGAUUCUGUGCUUUGGCCUGUGUGCACGGGGUCAGGUGAAGAUGGUGCUGGGCGUGCUCCAUGACUUUGAAGAGAGGAUCCAGGAGUCGGAGCAGUCCUGGCAGAUCGGCGCCUGGCGGAAGGACCAUCCCUGGAGGCGGGAGACGGUGAAGGGCGCGCUCAUGGUGAUGUACAGCCGCGUGGCCUCGUGCUGCCACCCGCAGAUGCUUCUCACCCACGUGGACAACCCCAUCACCGCCAAGAUCAUCCACCACUAUUCGAGCAGCUGCCAGGACAUCUGCCUCAAACUGGCCUUCAUGAAGAGCGUGGUGCAGGUCACCGAUGCCAUCAAGAACAGCAAGGACCUGGAGGACUUCCAAUUUUCCCAAAAAGCGACCCUGACUGGCAUUAUCAUGGCGAUCAUCAAGGCAGAACCGACUGACAGCCUGGUUUCUCCCGUGCGGACCAUGGCCAUGGAUGCCCUGUCCUACUUGAGCAAACUGAAGCCUUUCUACUCCACAGAGGAACGCAGUGAGCUGAUGGAUAUCAGUAUACACUCUGUAAUUUCUCUCCAGCCCCCAGGAGAGAGCAAUGAGUCCAUUAAGACCCUGUAUACGAACGCCCUGCGUGCCCUGGAGCAGCUGAUGGAGGGCCUCAUGCAAAGACACCUAGACCCCAAGGGGCUGCAGGAGAUGGUGCACCUCCUGGAGAAGUGGAUCUUGUCGGAGAAAGAAUGGGAGCGGGAGAAGGCGGUGAACCUCCAUCUCCAUCUCAUGCAGAUCUAUGUCCAAAGCAUCGGUGUCUGCAUCCCACUGAAGCUGGGGCAGUUUGGCAGCCUGGUGGGACUCAUUGCACCAGGCACCUGUGACUCACACAGAAAAACCCGCCUGGCCUCCAUGGAUGUCCUGGCCAGCCUGCUGGAUCUUCACGCAAGCCAGACCUGCUCCUCCUGGGGCGCCUCCAAAGAGCUGGAGCUUGAGAAAUGUAAGGAGGACCUGCAGGGCUCAGACAUGGAGAAGAUUUUCGGGGUAUCCUCCAGAAUCGCCAAGGUGGCCUGCUUGCAGUUCAACUGCGACGAGGUGGUCUCACUGGUCCAGAAGCUCUGCGAGAACUUCGGGGCCAUGGACCUCCAGCACGACAAGGCCUCUGUCACCUGGAUAUGCACCUUCCUCCAGAUGCAGGUCAAGGAGCUGGAGGACAAGGUGGCCGAGAUUCUGGGCGCCAUCCUGGUGCACCUGCCCGUGGUGGACCACCGGGAGGUGCGGCGCCUCCUGAUCGAGGGCAUCCUCCUGCUGGCCCACUACCACCAGGAGACUGUCCUCACGGUGCUCCUGCGGCAGCCCCUGCCCAUGGAGAGCCACCUGACGGAGGUGUGGCUGGCUGUGGCCGAGAAUGUGCCCUUUGCCCGGACGAUGCUCCACGCCCUGAUGGGCCGGCUGCAGGCGAGGUUCACGCCCAGGGCCAGCGCCGCCUCCAAGGCCGACAUCUGGCGCCUGGCCGCGGUGGACCCUCUGAUGACGCUGUGCACCACCCGCCUGCUCGUCGAGAGGAUGGACUGGGACAACGGGCUCCUGGAUCUCUUCCCGGACCUCCUCUACACGCUCCUCCUGCAGCUGGGCAGCAGCCAGGGCCAGGAGCCCGUGUCGCCUGUCCUGAAGACGUGGAGACUCACCCACACGGGGACCCUCCCUGAGGAGGUCAACCUGCAGAGGGUAACGAUCAGAUCCAUGCAGCUCUUGUUCAGGAGACUCAACAGUGAGUCUCUUCUUUGCACCCUAGAGGAGCAGGGCAUAUGGAUGCUUCUGGAGAGCAGCUCAACAUUCCUGCAGGGAGUCAGCCAGCUGGCCAGGCUGUGCGUGCGGAGCCCCGAGGGCUACUACCGGCAGAGGCUGUCGGAGCUGGCGCUCAGGGGCAUGGCCUCGGAGGCCCUGAGCUGCCGCAUCAGCAGCACGGCGGUCUGCGUGGAAGUCAUGAGUGACCCGAUCCUGCACCAGAAGAAGCUGCUGAAGCGGGCGGUGCUGAUGCUGGAGAAGGGUGCGGAGCAGGAGGACGAGGUUCUGAGGGUGCUCUCCCUGCGCGCCCUCGGCAACAUGGCCCUCGGUGCCCCCAGGAAGGUGAGGCAGUACCGGAAGCUCUUACUGGAGAAGUGCCUGAGUUCCCUGCGGGGCCCCGGCGUGAGCACCAGCGUGACCUCCGAGGGCCUGGAGGUCCUGGCCAAGGUCUUGGUCGAGCUGCGGGAAGGGGACCUGGGGUCCGCCUUCAACGCCAUCUCCGAGCAGUGCACAGCCUUCUUUGACAACGAGAGUGAGCUGCUGCGUUUAAAAGCCUUCAUCCUCUUCGGGAAGCUGGCACAGGUGGUCAGGAUUUCCAAGAAGCAUUUCUUCAAGCAGGAAGUGAAGAAAGCCUGGGUGCCCCUCAUGCUACAUUGCCAGGACCCCUGCUCCGAUGCUGCCCAGGCCUGUGUGGCCACCCUCUUUCAGUGUCUGCACUGCUGGGGCUGGAGGGCCCUGGAGAGCUCCGCGGACCACAGUGACGCCACCGCCCCCAAGGAGAUGACCGGUUUCCAGAUGACUCUGUGCUCCGUCCUGACUCAGAAAAAGCCUGCCAUUCUCUACAACUUCUUGCUAGAAACAAUGACCUAUGUUAAAAGCAACUUGUCAAGGAUCAGAAUCGCUGCAUGUAACUUGGCAGGAAUUAUUAUGAAGCAGAUGUCUGCGCAUUACCUGAAAAAGCUGGAUUUUCCAGCAUUACGGAAUUCUCUCCAGGAGCUACAGCUGGACUCAGAUCCUGGGGUUUGGAGGGCAGCCCUGGAGACUCUCAACAUCUUGGAUACCUGCAGUCAGCAGCGGCUUUUGGCUUCACCUGAAGGAAUCGCCUAG